AGAAUUUUUACAAACGGCCUCAACAGAGUUGUACUUUUUUUCUUUAUGUAUUUAGCUUAAGGCAGCAUCAUUUGGUAGUAUAUGAAUAUUAAUGACAAUGCUCUUUACUGAAGGGGCCAAAGAGAUGAUUUACCUCAGACUUCUUCUACUUAUCUGCUGAUUUGGGUGCUGUUUCUUUUCUUUGUAGUUUUUCCUAAAACAAAUGUUUAUUGUCUCCUUCCUCAAGAUGUGAGCCACGUACCCUAAUGAUUGUUGUGAAUUCUCAAUCUCUUGAGUUAGUGUUGAAUCAUACCUAUCACAUGCUUGAUUAUGAUUGGGAGAGAGUUACCAUUGAUUUAUCUAUCCAUCAGAUGCCGUCAAAAUAGUUUAGGAUUGAUUAACACAUAUACAUAUAUUGUGAAUGAAAAAAUAAUCUAUUGACCACAAACAGUUUACAUUUGUAAGAUUGAAAGUUGAAAACAGCUGGAUGUUGUGGUUAUCAGCAGUUGAUUGUUUUAAGUGGUUGGUGUAGAUUCAUCAGAUGAGUUAAUUGAUAAAAAUAUAGCACUGCAGAGAUAUAAAAUCUGAAACUGCCCAUUCAAAAUGCCUAGAGUCUUGACAUGAAAUGUUCAUACUGAGUAUUACCGCUGUGCUACACGAAAGUCAUCAUGCUGUUACUGCACUUAUACAAGUGAACAUGCCAUAUUAUUUUCAGUGAAACAAAGAAAAAAACGCAGACAAAUAACUGGAUGUUCAACAUCCUGAAAUACUGCAGUCAGACCUGCUGGCUAAGCAAAUGAACCACAUUUUAAAACGGACAGAAAUUAAUUAAAAUGUGGUUCCUAUGAUUAAUAUAAUAGGACCUGGUAUGUAUUAUUGCACACCUAAUUCAAAAGUAUCACAAACUAUGCUCUCAAAAGUAUAAGGCCAUUUGUCUAAAAAAGUAUUGGUUGCAUUGAAUCGCACAGGGUUUCAACACAACACCUUCAUCCAAACACUGAUACAUUACAUUAAAAGUUAAUUGGGCCUAAAACAUGUGCCUUAUGAAUAUAUGAAACAAUAUAGAAGUAGAAUAAAAGAAGUGUCUCAAUUGCAGGCGCUGUAUCCCUUUAGUCGUGUCGUUACUCUUGGAAGUCUUCGGCUAAAGUUAGAGGACCUCGUAAAACCUAUGCAGUCAACAGGCAUCAUGUCAUCGCCUCAAAAUACCGGUCUGUGGUAGAUAUGAGGAAAACUACAUUUCCCACAAACCCGUAUGCGCUUUGCUAUUGGUGGUGGUACAGGUGACUACACACGCUCGGAGUUGUGACAACAUCUCGACGGACGAAAGGAAAACAAAUUAGCCUGGGAAGUGCCAGUGGUAGUACACGCUAUAGCGGUUUGUGUUAAUACAGAGAAACUUGAAACUGCUUUUAUUCGCGACUUUUUUCUUCAGAUAGUGCCCGGCAAGUUUGGUAUUAGAGCGCAUGAGAGAAGUGGGCACGCACUUUUCGGCAACCUGACUUCUUUACUUUGUUCUGUCUGACCUUCAGAGCGGCUUCCUCUACCUCUCGGGCUGGACUGCGGUGCAUUGACGUCGGCUCGCCCUCCCCUGCCCCCUCGCCCCCCAGCAAUGGCCUCGCGCGUUGGUCUGCGGAUGCAGCUGAUGCGAGACCAGCUGCAGCAAGAGGAGCAACGUGAGAGGCAGCAGCUACAGCAGAUACAGCAGCAUCAGCAGCAGAAUGCAGCCCUGCAAUACAUGCAGCAUUGCAUUGCUGGGCCACCUUCACCUACGCCAGCCAUUUGCACCCCACAGCAUCACCAAAGUAUGCAGGUCCCUGUGGAGGUUCUUAAGGUACAGACCAACCUCGAGAAUCCUACAGACUACCACAUCCGUCAGUCUCGACGGCAACAGGUGAAAGAAUUCCUGUCCACCACCUUUGCCACCAAACAGACAGUCCAUGCAGUAGCAGGGCUGGUGCCGCCCUCUCCUCCCACACACAUGGGACCUACAGGGGGUUCAGCGUCUGCCCCCCCACCCCUUCGCUCCCCACACAUGCGCAACGAGCAGCUCAUGUCUGGAAACAGUGCCCCCAACAGCCCCAUGGCCAUGCUCAACAUCAGCUCCAGCCACGAGACAGAGAUGGAUGAGGUCAUCGAUGACAUCAUCAGCAUGCAGUCCAAUUACGAUGAUAUUCAGGCAUACAUUGACCCUGUUCAGAUGCCAAACACACUCCCCCUGUCUAGCAGUCACCUGGAUGUGUAUACAGGUCCGGGGAUGAAGUGUCCAGCCAUUGCUAUGACCAGCAACUCCUGUCCUGCCAACCUGACAAUCAAAAGAGAACUGUCAGAAGCCCGUGCACUGGCCAAGGAGAGACAGAAGAAAGACAACCACAAUCUAAUUGAAAGGAGAAGGAGAUUCAACAUCAAUGAUCGUAUCAAAGAGUUAGGCACCAUGAUCCCCAAAACCAAUGACAUUGAUUUGCGCUGGAACAAAGGCACUAUACUGCGGGCGUCUGUGGAAUACAUCAAACGCAUGCAGAAGGAUGCACAUAGAUCGAGAGAGGUGGAGAAUAACUUCAAAAGGAUGGAGAUGGCCAACAAACAACUGAUGCUCCGCAUCCAGGAGUUGGAGAUGCAGGCUCGUAUACAUGGUCUUCCCAGUACCUCUCCUUCUGCCCUGAACCCGACUGACCUGAUGGCUUCUUAUAUAAAACAAGAGACAUGUCCAGAGGAGAACCUCUCUCACCCCAUGACACAAGCCCACCACCAGCCCCAGCACCUACCCCAGAACCAGGCUCAUCCUCAGGCCCAGCAGCAUCACUUCCUCCAGCAGACCCACCUCCAUCUCCAGGGCCAGGUUCAGCAACAGCCCAGGCAGCUGAAACCGCUUCCCCAACACCAGCAGCAGCCCCAGCCACCCAUCCAGUUCCCAGCUGUUGGCAGCUCCCAGCCCUUUGACUUUACCCAGUCGCUGGACUUGUGUGAUGGGAUACCUAGCUUCUCAGACGGCAUUUCGGGGCUAGGCGACUUGGGUGGACUGGAUGUCCAGGGAAGGAGAGGUGAGCUGGGCUUCCUGAUGAUGGACGAGCCCUUGUCCCCUUUGGGAGGAGACCCAUUGCUCUCUGCGAUGUCGCCUGAAGGCUCAGUGGAUUCCAGCCGAAGAUCCAGCUUCAGCAUAGAGGAUGGAGACAUACUGUAGACACGUGCAUAAAAACACACACAUUCAGUAACACAAACACAGGCAGAAGCACAUGCAGAGGUUUCAGAAAGGUUGCAGUAAAAACAGCAUCACAAACUGAUGGUCCGUUGGCACAACAGAUUUACAGCACAUACAAUAGACAUGAAACGGCAACCAGACGUGACAUUAUUUCCCCACUUCACUAAUACUAUGCACACAAUACUAUUUAAACAUGCACCAAUGAUACUCAUUGGUGGUACAAUUACCCCCGUGUCCUUAACGGCACAAGCAAAAGAAGGUACAAAUUAUGUAUAGUUCAAAUGUUCACAAACACACACACACACACACACACACACACACACACACACACAGUCCUGUAUGGGCAUCAGACUGAGGACCGGGUGGAAUAACUAUGGAAGUGAGGACCACCCUUUCUGCUAUAUUUAAAAAUAAAUGAAUGUUGCAUUUGAGCACCAGGAAGCUGCCCCACUAAAGUUCCCACCUCAGAUUAUUUUUAAAUUAAGAAUUCAAAUUAAAUCAAUCCUGACCCAGUUGACCAUCAGAGUGAGGACCGUUUCCUAGAGGGCGCUGUUGGGUUCAUUUUUUAUAAUGGAAUAGUUGACCAUCCUUCUCUCUUAAGCUGCAGUUAUUAUUUUGUAUGUGAUUAUUAAAUAAUAAAUAGGUGUGUCUGGUUUAAAAAGUGA